UGGCAGUUCAUGCUGCGAAGACUUCGGAGGUGGGACGUUAAAGUUUGGAAAAGGUGGACGACUUGCAUCAGUACAGCUGGAUAGCGGUUCCCAGCCUCUUCUGCCUUCCCACCAAUAAUGUGGCUUCUCCUGCCACAGUGACUUUUCCUGCCACAGCAUCCAUCCAUGACAGGACUGUUGCUCUUGUGGUCUAAUGAGCCUGGAAAAGGGAUUGCUCUUCAGCCAACCAGAGAGUCUGAACUGAAGAGUUUUUGUUCUAGAAAUAUACUGAUCAUCCUUGGCUUCUCCUCUAUCAUGGCUGUGAUUGCUUUGAUCGCUGUGGGGCUGACCCAGAACAAACCAUUACCAGAAAAUGUUAAGUAUGGGAUUGUGCUGGAUGCAGGCUCUUCUCACACGAGUUUGUACAUCUAUAAGUGGCCAGCGGAAAAGGAGAAUGACACAGGGGUGGUGCACCAGAUAGAAGAGUGCAAGCUGAAAGGUCCCGGAAUCUCAAGAUAUGCUCAAAGAUUAAACGAAAUAGAUGCUUAUCUGACCGAAUGCAUGGAAAGAGCCAGUCAAGUGAUUCCAAAGUCCCAGCACCAAGGGACGCCUGUUUACCUGGGAGCUACGGCAGGCAUGCGGUUGCUCAGGAUGGAAAAUGAACAGUUGGCAGACAAAGUCCUGAGUGUGGUGACCAAGAGCCUCAACAACUACCACUUUGACUUCCAUGGUGCUAGAAUCAUCACUGGCCAAGAGGAAGGUGCCUAUGGCUGGAUUACUAUCAACUAUCUGCUGGGAAAAUUCACUCAGAAAUUGAGUUGGCUCAACCUGAAGCCAAAUGGAGGCAAUUCUCAGGAAACCUAUGGAGCUUUAGACCUUGGGGGAGCCUCUACACAAAUCACUUUUGUGCCCCAAAACGAGAGGAUUGAGUCUCCAAGCAACGCUCUGCACUUUCGCCUCUAUGGCAAGGACUACAGCGUGUACACGCACAGCUUCUUAUGCUAUGGGAAGGAUCAAGCGCUCAGGCAGAAACUGGCCAAGGACAUUCAGGUUACAAAUGGAAUCCUCAGGGACCCAUGCUUUCACCCUGGAUAUGAAAUAGUAAUGAAUGUAAGUGAACUUUACAGUGGCCCCUGCACCAAGAGAUUUGAGAUGACUCUUCCAUUCGAUCAGUUUCAAAUCCAAGGCACUGGAAACUAUCAACAAUGCCAUGAAAGCAUCCUUGAACUCUUCAACACUAGUUACUGCCCUUACUCCCACUGUUCCUUCAAUGGCAUUUUCUUGCCACCACUUCACGGGGAUUUUGGGGCAUUUUCAGCUUAUUACUAUGUGAUGGAGUUUUUAAACUUUACAUCAGAGGAAACCCCUACUCAGGAAAAGGUGAUCGACAGUAUGGAAAAGUUCUGCUCUCAGCCUUGGAAAGAGCUGAAGACAUAUUUUGGUGAUGUGAAGGAGAAGUACCUGAGUGAAUAUUGCUUUUCUGGAGCCUAUAUCCUCUCUCUCCUUCUGAAUGGCUAUCAUUUCACAGCUGAUUCCUGGAAGAAUAUUCAUUUCAUGGGCAAGAUCCACAGCAGCAGUGUCGGAUGGACUCUGGGCUACAUGCUGAACCUGACCAACAUGAUCCCCGCUGAGGAGCCGCUGUCCACACCUCUCUCCCACUCCACAUAUGUCUUCCUCAUGGUCCUCUUCUCCCUGAUCCUGGUUGCAGUGGCCAUCAUAGGCUUGUUUAUCUUUCACAAGCCUUCGUAUUUCUGGAAAGACAUGGUAUAGCAGGAGCAGCUGAAAUCUGCUGGCUGGAGUGAGAAAAAAACUUGCCCAGGGAGCAUUUUCCUCCACAGUGGUGUUCAAAGUCAUCCCUCCUUGCUCACCAAGGCCAGUCUUGACCAGCACAGAGCUUCCCUGGCUUUUGCUGCUGCCUUUCCAUGGGAGGUAUUCACCACCACCUGCCUCAAGGACUACCCUGCAGACGUUGUCUCUUUUGUGAGUCCUUCCCAUCUCCCCUUUUCUCUUUUGUACUCUGUGCUUGUGUAGGUCUGGAAGACCUGCUGCCUUUCAUGAUCUUAGCUCUAUAAAAGAACAAUCCUGACUUUGUCCUGAAGAACUGAGGGUCCUGCGUCCUGCGCUGGGAAGCUGCGCUGGCUAAAAGAAGAAUCUCAGGAACGGGUUCAGCUGUACUCACAAAGACCCUUUCUUUCUCCUGUUGCCCAUUUAUUAAGAACGCCAUACAAUGCCUCUGGAGAGGGCAAACACACAUCUCAUUCCCAGCCUGCUGUUUGCACAGGAGAAUUUUCCAGACGAGACAAAUAUGUGCUAGAGCCAAAGAGUCUCGCAAGGGAAUUUAUGUGCUUGUGUAAUUAAUACAAUACUUGAGCCAAUCCAAAACAGGGAUGUAGAUGAGUUACAUGUUCCUCGGUGAUGCCAAAAUGCUACAGAACAGGACCCCCAGACUAGAGACUUUUUUUAAAAGCUGAUGUGACAUAUAAGCAUUCAGAUAUAAGGGCAUACUACAUGGUAGGUAAACAUGUCAGGAAGAAAAAUACAAUUACUAUGAAGAAUUUGGAAAAUGCAGCCUUCAGUAUAUCUAUUGGGCUUUUAUUUUUAUUGUAAUAAAAAUACAUAUAACAUGGAGUUCACCAUUUUAAUGUGUACAAUUCAAUUGCAUUUAGCAUAUUCACAGUGUUGUGCAACCAUCACCACUAUCUAAUUCCAGAAUAUUCUGCCCACCCAGAAAUUAGCUGGAGACAAGACCACCCCUGGGUGGGUUCAAACCAUCAACCUUCUAGUUAAUAGCCAAAUAUGCUAAUCAAUUGCACCACAAGAUGCCCACUGAGUUUUAAAGCCACUCCAGGCCUUACUGUCACAGGGUUUAAUUUAGUGAGAGCUACAGCAUGCCUUUUCACUGCCAUGGCAUUUACUCAUCAAAGUGUGCCAGGAACCAGGUCUGAAAGUGUUGUUGCCACUCCUGUCACACAAAAAUGGGAUCUCUUUACUUAUUCCAUGGACUAUUUUGUGGGAGAAGCAGCAGCUAUGGACCUUGUCACAUAAACGUGAAGAGACCCUGUACCUUCUUCCUUUAAUGACUGCUAUAAGAGUUACCUGUUGAGUAGCGUGGAGUGGUGAUGUGUUACUCUGACGUUGUCCCAAGCUCCCAUCUCUGGAUCUGGGGACGACUGUUGAGCUGAUGCAGGGAGGAGGUGGGGUGGGGGAGGAAAAGCUUUCCCACAAACUGGAAGCCAAAUGCCCUUAUAUCUCUUGGAUAACUAAGUCAUUUUUUUUACAACAUCCAGGUGAAUACAAGCUUAAUAAAACUGAGAACAGGAA